AUGAAAACAACAAUCGAGAAAAUACUAAAGCUAUUCAAACCGUUUUCCAAUUAUCUACCUCGAAUUUGUUACUUAUGUAAUUGUUUAAGUCCGUUUCAUGCUGUAGAUGAGGGGCAUUUGGACGAUGGAUACAAUUCAACAAAUUAUAUUCGAGAACUAAGUCGUUCCCAUCCGAAUAACAAAUUCCAGGUCGACAGUACAAGCCAAUUCAAAAAAUCGUUUUUCAUCAAUAAUCGUCAAACAACUCAGUGGUCGAUCGCUAGCGAAAAAUUCCCGUGCCAAGUAGAAGUCACUUAUCGAACAAUCGGAUCAUAUGAUAAUGAUAAAAAAUUAUUUACAAAGAAAAAUGCUGCCAUUGAUAAAUAUGUUCUACGUGGUGAAUUUGAAGCACAACGAGAUGGUCUAUUAACGAUUGUCAUUGACAAUCAAGGUCUUAGUUCACGUACAAUAUGGUUCCAAAUAAGAUCAUCUCGUUUAUCAAUAUGCCAUUUGUUUUAUGGUAUAUUUCACAUAUUUUAUCAACAAGAUUAUCCACAAUUAGUUGAUACAAUUAAUCCAAAUGCAUUGAAUCAGCUACUCAAACGAGUAUUCUCAUUUAUUGAUCGUCUAUUAAAUGGAGCCAUAAGUCUACGACAAAUGACUGAACUCAAAGCAAUCUUUUGUAAUAAGAACAUUAAUGUACGAGAAGAAGUUAAGAAAUUGUUCUCUAAUUAUUCAAGAAAAGUAGUACCAAAUGCACAACAAACAACGACAGUCAUCAAUAUCGAUAUUCGUAAUAAUCAAGAGAUUGAACGAACUUGUCAAUGGUUACAAAGCUAUCAAUACUAUAGCCAUAUCAAUGCUAUAAUUGACUGUAUAGAAACGUUCGACAUUCUUUCCAUUGAUGAAGAUAAGGAAUCGAUUGGUGGUCUCAAAAGAUUGAGUAAUGAUGAUGAUUGUUUACUUAAAGAAAUUACAAAAAUUUAUGAAGUUUCAUAUCAACAUUUUCAUAACUUGGGGAGUACACAUUCAGAAUUGAUCAAAACAACACUCGAAUAUUCGACAGUUAUUCAUAUGAUGAAAGAUAUCAAUUUGUAUUCUUCUGAUGGCCGACGACGAUUUCAAGAAUUACGAGAUAACUUGACAACUCAAUUUCAACUUCAAGAACGAAACAACAUGAUUCUCAAUUCCUUAAUCAUCACCUACGCAUUGUGCGAGUCAUUUAUUUUCAAAGCUAAAAAUUUAGAAGAAUUCAUCAGUCGUCUUGCUGCACUAUUAAAUUUUGAAGAAAAUUCAAUGAAACAUAUGAAAGGUAAAAGUCAAUUAGAAUAUCAAACUUGUGUUUUUUUUUAA